AUGAAUGACGGUCGCGAAGCACAAUCUAUUCGCGGGGUACCUGAUGAGGCCAGUGCGAACACCUUGGACGCGAUGUCCCCUGUGCCUCACAAAACGCCUCUCGCCGAGAACCAAAGUACGCGAUUACAAGCCCCGCUAUCACUUCGUAUAGAUGGCUUGAAUGCUACUGUAUCCCAUAGCGAGGGAAACCCGACACUGGCCUACGAGUCAUCAGAGCGCGGCAGCGAUACCUCCCUCGACGGUCGACGACCAGAUCUGCACUCCGCUAGCACCCUCACAGAUUCCCUUUUCAGCUACCCUUCCUCUACAAAUGGCGCCGAUCAGCCGACACACCUCGAUAACUCCCACAAUUCGAACGAACAUACAUCGAUAUCGCGGAUGGAGCAGGAACCCCAGGAUACCCACAUGGCCCCGCACACCCAGCCGGUGAAUGGAGGCUCAAUAGAUCGAUGGCAACCAUCACUACCAUCAAUUAAAGCCGGCAAUACUUCCUUAUCACCUCCGCCCUCGCCAAAACAUUCGCAUUCGCGGUCGCAAUUCGAUGCCGGGUUGGCUCCCGGCCAGAAAAGAACAGCAGCUGGCGACUACAAGUCCAAUAUAGAUAUUCCCAAAACCCAUAGUACUGAUACGAAUGGAGUUGCAAGGCGACGUUCGAAAAGUACUGGCUCCUCGUUGUAUGGGAGCAGAAUUGCACAGCUUUCUGUACAUAUUCGUUCACGACUAUCCUACGCGGCUGCCAAGGUUGAACAGUCCCGGCAGUCGCAGUCUCGCGGGAGUACUCCCCAAAAUACACUUCGAACGCAACACAGCACAUCGUCAUUAAGUCCAUCUGCGCCAAGCGACAUUGCCUCUCUGCCAGCUGGAGCCUCCACGCCUUUCUCCAUCAACUCACAGUCAUCCUCCAAUGGACAUUCUCACCCAAGCCAUAGCCGCUCACGAUCAGCAUUCUUGUCUGAUCAUCUACCCCCAAAUACCAAAUUAGCACCGCCUGUCGAUAUUAUUUUGUCGAAUGGUCAAGGUCAGCGCCGUCGACCAAACCCUAACUCCAUUGUCAAACCUUCAUCUUACAGUCCUGUCGCCCGCCACCGACGCCAUCAUUCCUAUCAAGAGAAUGGGUUGAGCAGGCCACUCAAUGGUACAGCCUUAGGUCCAGAGACUCCCUCGCUCCCAUCAACACAGGCAAACGGACCAACCUCCACACCCAACGGGCUGUAUGGCGGCCGCACACCAUCCGAAAACACAUUGAUGGAACAAGACGCCAUUGAAACCUUGAUGUUUAUGUCCAGUCCCGAAAACUCGGGAUAUCGCUUUAGCCCCCGACCAAUGCAACCCCCAAGCACCCAAAGUAGUCUCAGUGAGACUCUAAUGGCCAAUAACGAAUCAAAUCGCAAUGGAAACCUGAGUUCACAGAGCUCCAGGUCACACAACAGUCGAGGCUUCGAUACGAAGCCUGGAAUGGAAGCUGGGGCAGGUGAUGACAUCGAUCGCUUGUUGGAUCAAAUGAACAGCGACAGCGAGGACGAGGGACGAUAUGAAUCGAUCCGUCGUGGUAUCAAUGGGGCUCAUCCUUUCAGACACGCUCAACGCCCGAGGUAA